UUUGGGGAGUGAAACCAAUUGUCUUUUGCCCCUCUGCUUGGGUUUGCUCCGUCUAAUAAUCUCCCUCGGCAUGAAGCGCUUGUCAGCCUCCUGCUUUUUAACCCUGUGCACGCGCUAGGAAAUGCAUGUGGGGGAUAACAACCCGGGGAGACGUGCUAGAGAGACCCGGGCAAUAAAUGCCCCUUCUGCUCUGAGCAUUUUAAUAUUUUCCCCCCAUUUACGUUUUCCUCUCUGCUGCCUUCGCUUUUGCGCCAGCCUCUUUACUAGCUGCCCCGCAACGUUCCUUUCAGCGCACACCUGAGGCGCGACUCCUUGCAAACAUCUCCAGCCUUUGUUUCACAACGCGGCGCAGUGGCAAGAGGUGGUUUAUGCCCCCGAGAUGAAAGCUGGGGAGGUGUUAGGCGACGCCGGCUUGCAACAUAAGAAAAAUAACCAUCGCUCCAGCCCCACGAUCGCGGCGGUCAAGGUGGUCACGGAGUGACCUGCGUUGCACGAGGAUGGGUUGUAUUUUCUGUUGCAUUGGGUGGAAAGGCGGCCAGGGCCAUGUCCGAGGGGCAGGAGCAAUUGCAGCGAUCACGUUAAUUCAUCUCUGGUGCGCUUACUAUGUUUACUUCCGUUUCUCUCGCUUCUAGUACAACGCAGCCUGUGCCCCUAGUCCCUCUCCCCCCCCUAGUAAUAGCAGCCGCUUUUACACACUGCGGCGGCAAACAACAUAGCCCUCCUCAUGCACCAAUCCCACCCCUCGCGCACUCCGCCCGGAGCCCUGCUUUGGCGGGAAAGGAGGCGGAGCCCUGUUAUAAAAGCAGCGGUGCAGGGCGCCUGCCAGCUCUUUGCAGUGGCGAGAGGGAGGGCGACGGGCUCGCACGGUAGCAGGCGCUGCGCCGCCUCCUAGUCAAGCCCCCUCCCCUCUCACGCCGGCCGGCGCUUCACAGCCGAGUGAGCGAGCGAGCGAACUUCCGACUGCCUUGGACUUACAAUUCCGUCUGCGAGGGGCUGGCGCGGAGAGUCGCCGGGAAAGGCGCUUCCCCCCCUCUCCUGCCUGCUGCUUUUGUGGGAUAAUUAUUGCGGGAACUGGGGGUUUUUUUUGUCUUUUUCUCCUUCACUUUUUUUUUGCACCGUCUUUAAUCCGCCCCCCUCCCCCGCUGCAUAGCCCAGCCGGUGCAUCGGAGGAACCGGCACCAGCCGCCGCGAUGCCGCUGACCUCGACCCUCCCCAGCAAGAACUACGAUUACGACUACGACUCGGUGCAACCCUACUUCUACUUCGAGGAGGAGGAGGAGAACUUCUACCUGGCGGCGCAGCAGCGGGGCAGCGAGCUCCAGCCGCCCGCCCCCUCCGAAGACAUCUGGAAGAAGUUCGAGCUGCUGCCCACGCCGCCCCUCUCGCCCAGCCGCCGCUCCAGCCUGGCCGCCGCCUACUUCCCCUCCACCGCCGACCAGCUGGAGAUGGUGACCGAGCUGCUGGGGGGAGACAUGGUGAACCAGAGCUUCAUCUGCGACCCGGACGACGAAUCCUUCGUGAAAUCCAUCAUCAUCCAGGACUGCAUGUGGAGCGGCUUCUCCGCCGCCGCCAAGCUGGAGAAGGUGGUGUCCGAGAAACUGGCCUCCUACCAGGCGGCCCGCAGGGAGGGGGGCUCCGGCUCCCGGCACUGCCCGCCACCGCCGCCCUCGCAGCCGCCCAGCCUGGCCCCCUCCCCCGCCUCCGCCAGUACCUACCUACACGACCUGGGCGCCGCCGCCUCCGACUGCAUAGACCCCUCGGUGGUCUUCCCCUACCCGCUCAGUGAGCGAUCCUCCAAGCCCGGCUCCCCCAGCUCCAGCCCGGCUUCCCUGCUGGGCGAGGACACCCCGCCCACCACCAGCAGCGACUCGGAAGAAGAACCAGAGGAAGAUGAAGAAGAAAUUGAUGUUGUGACAACAAGUGAAUCUGAAUCAAUCACACAACCAACAGAAGAGCACAGUAAGCCACAUCACAGCCCACUAGUUCUUAAGCGGUGUCAUGUCCCCAUCCAUCAGCACAAUUAUGCUGCUCCUCCCUCCACCAAACUUGAGUAUCCUUCAGCAAAAAGGAUAAAGUUGGACAAUGGUAGAGUUCUCAAACAAAUCAGUAAUAACCGAAAGUGCUCAAGUCCCCGCACAUCAGACACAGAAGAAAACGACAAGAGGCGAACACACAAUGUCUUGGAGCGCCAAAGGAGAAAUGAGCUGAAGUUGAGUUUCUUUGCUUUGCGUGACCAAAUACCUGAGGUAGCCAACAAUGAAAAGGCACCCAAAGUUGUUAUCCUUAAAAAAGCCACAGAAUAUGUUCUUUCUAUUCAAACGGAUGAACACAGACUGAUUGCAGAGAAAGAACAGUUGAGGAAGCGGCGAGAACAGUUGAAACACAAACUUGAGCAGCUAAGGAACUCUUGUGCAUAGAUUAGAAUAAUCUAAUCCAGACUGAAAUAAAAUAUUAAUAUGUCUAAUCUUACUCAUGAACUAUGCCAGUUCGUAAAGUAUGGAACCAUUGCAGUUGCAUGCUGUGCAAAAUAACUCAAGACUACACAACCUUGGCUGGAUCUUGCAAAGGUUUAGCCAUAACCUCAAAGCUGCCUCAUAAUUAAUAAUUUGGGCAUAAGGACAAAAUGGGACUUCUCUUCAUGCUUGGGGAUGAACUUUUCAAUUUUGUUCUUUGAAAAUUUUGUAUUUAAGUCAUUUUUCUUAAGACAAUUCCAAAACGUUGUCCUCAAAUGGCUGUAUAUAUUUACAUACCUUAUUGCUAUGUACAUACUUUUAAUAAAAUCUUUAUAGAAAAAUGUGCAACAUUAAUACUCAGCAGUUGUGGCAACUAGGUUUAUACUUUGUCUUGAACUUCUGUGCCAGAACAUUUCACCAUUUUGUGGGUUUUAUUUAAAUACAUUUUCUUUUAAAAAUUGAUUUUUAUUUUGUUUUUAGAUAAAUAAAUAUUUACCUAAAAUAUAAUUAGUUAAACCAUGUGUAAAGACUUUGCUGCUUCUUCCCCAUUGUCAUCUAUAGCUCCCAGAUUCGGUGUCUUUGUAAUAAUGUUGGUAAUCUAACAUAACUCAAGGGUAUAUUAAGAUUGUAAAAUUUGAAUUAUUUUUGUCUUAAAUAAAAUACAUGUGGGGAAGUUGCCAGAUUAACAGUCCUAUAGAUCCCAGUUGUCUACAUACAUUGACAAAGCAGGUAAAAGCAAGGUUUUUAACCUUGCCUCAUCAAAUGACUAAACCACUGCUUUUAGUGUUUGUGUAGCCAGGCAGUCUACUUAUUGCCCUUUUUUCCACUAUAUCAAAAA